AUGGGUCUCCUCGGCGCCGCUUUCGUGUCGCUCGCUGCUCUGACGAGCGCGGCGAGCAUCCCAAAUUCGCAUGUGAAGCGUCAGAUCUCAGAGCUCCGCGACAAGUAUGACAUUGUCAUUGUCGGUGCUGGUACGAGCGGCCUCACCGUCGCGGACCGCCUAACCGAAGCCUUCCCUGCGAAAAACGUGCUCGUCAUCGAAUAUGGCGAUGUCCACUACGCCCCCGGGACCUUCGACCCGCCGACGGACUGGAUCACCGGCAACCCGGAUGCGCCCCCGACUUGGGUAUUCAGCUCUCUGCCCAACCCGGACAUGGGGGGCAACCAAGCUGCCGUCGUAGCUGGCCAGGUGGUCGGCGGAAGCAGUGCGGUGAACGGCAUGUUCUUUGACCGCGGGUCUCGUUUCGACUACGACGCCUGGACCGAGGCCGCCGGGCCGGAGUUCGGCCAGUGCAAAAACAAGUGGAACUGGGAGGGCAUCUUCCCCUUCUUCCAAAAGAGCACGACCUUCACCGAGCCACCCGCAGAAAUCAGCCAGCGGUACAACUACACGUGGGAUCUGGCUUCGUACGGGGGCUCGACUCCCAUUCACAGCUCCUUUGCGUCUUUCCAAUGGGCCGACCAGCCCCUCCUCAGGCAGGUAUGGGAGGAGAUGGGCAUCAGCACCCCCCAGGACUGCGCUGGCGGCGACAAGGAGGGCGUCUGCUGGGUUCCGACCUCGCAGCACCCCGUCACGGCGAGACGGUCGCACGCCGGGCUCGGCCACUACGCCGACGUGCUUCCCCGAGCCAACUAUGACCUCUUGGUCCAGCACCAGGUAGUCCGGGUGGUAUACCCCAACGGCCCCGACGCCGGCCCGCCGCUCGUGGAAGCGCGGUCCCUGACCGACGGCCACCUCUUCAACGUCACCGUCGACGGCGAGGUCAUCGUGUCGGCGGGCGCACUGCACACGCCGACGGUGCUGCAACGCAGCGGCAUCGGCCCGGCCGCCUUCCUCGCCAGCGCCGGCAUCCCGCUGACGCUCGACCUGCCCGGCGUCGGCUCCAACCUGCAGGACCACUCGGGCCCGCCGGUCACCUGGAACUACACCCAACCAUACGACGACUUCUUCCCACUACCAACCGAGAUGACCACCAACGCAACCUUCAAGAACGACGCCAUCGCCGGCUUCGACGAGACCCCCGCGCGAGGGCCCUACACGCUCGCGGGCGGUAACAGCGCCAUCUUCGUGUCCCUCCCGCACGUAACACCCAACCACGCCACCAUCACGGCGCAAAUCCGCGCCAUGCUGCUCGCCAUCGCCAACCUGCUCGACAACCCGGAGGCGCCCAGCCUCGAGACCCCCUGGGCCACCGGCCAGGCACCCGGCACGGCGUGGUCCUUCCUGCUGCACCCGCUGAGCCGGGGCACCGUGCGGCUGGACCUGGCCAACCCGCUGGAGCAGCCGAUCCUGGACUACCGCGCGGGGUCGAACCCGGUGGACGCGGUGGUGCAGCUCGCGCAGGUGCGGUACCUGCGGGGGCUGCUGGACACGCCGACCAUGCAGGCGCGCGGGGCGGUGGAGAUUGCGCCGGGGGCGGCGGUGGCGGCGGAUGACGCGGCGCUGGAGCAGUAUGUGCGCUCGCAGAGUACGCUGUCGUUCAUGCACCCGUGCUGUACGGCGGCCAUGUUGCCGAAGAGUAGGGGUGGGGUGGUUGGACCCAAGUUGAAGGUGCAUGGGGCGAAGGGGUUGAGGGUGGUGGAUAUGAGCGUGAUGCCGAUUCUGCCGGCGGCGCAUCUGAGUGCGACUGCUUAUGCCGUGGGCGAGAAGGCUGCGGAUAUUAUCAUCAAGGACUGGAAGCAGCAGGGCUGGUGA